AUGGCAACAUUGCUUGACAAGGUGAAGUUCCUUUGUGUCGCGGGAAUUGGCCUCUUUUCUGAUGGCUAUCUCAAUUUAACAAUCGGUCUAGUAAUGCCGAUGUUGGGCUACCUGUAUUGGCAGGAUCAAGGGGGUGAAGUCCCGACCGUGUCAAGUGAUAUUAUGAAGGGUUCUCUGAAUGUUGGAAUGGCCGUCGGCCAAUUCGUGUUUGGUGUAUUGGGAGAUGCCCUGGGUCGUCACAAGGUGUACGGCAAAGAAUUGUUGAUCACCCUGUUUGGUACCUUCAUGGUUGUCUUACUUCCUUGGAACAACUUUGACAAACAGUCGAUUGUUGCGUGGGUUGCAUGUUUUCGCGUUGUGACAGGCAUCGGCAUUGGAGCAGAUUAUCCCAUGUCAUCAUCCCUCUCCGCUGAAAGUACGCCGCUUGGUUCGAGAGCGGUUCUGUCCCUGUCUGUCUUUGCUGCCAUGGGUCUUGGUAACAUGGCUGCCAGCAUCGUGUUCCUCGUACUGGUCGAAGCGUUUCAAUCCAGUGUUGAAUCCAAUAUCCAUUAUGCCGAGUGGGUCUGGAGACUCUUCCUUGGCCUGGGUAUGAUUCCCGCCGCCAUCACGCUUUACGCGCGAUGGACUAUGCCAGAGACCUCUCCCUAUGAAAAAUAUGUAUCGAAGGAUACGAGUGUCAAAGAGGUAGCCAAGCGAGGCCUAAAAGAGCAGUCCCGGGACUUUUUUGUAUACUUCCGGGAAUGGAGACAUACCAAAGUCCUAUUCGCGACCUCGGCGUCUUGGUUUCUCUUUGAUAUUGCUUACUAUGGCAUCAACCUCAAUCAAAGUGUUAUCCUUUCGCAAAUUGGGUAUGCCGACGGUCCUACCCCGUGGGUCACCCUUCGUAAUACUGCUGUCGGAAACAUCAUCGUCCAAUGUGCUGGUUACCUCCCCGGAUAUUUUUUCGGAAUUCCUCUACCCGAUCUUUUAGGACGUACGCGCCAGCAGUUUUACGCAUGCAUCAUAGUCGCUAUUCUCUACGCCAUCUGGGCCGGCGUAACCAGUCACACAAGCACGGGAGGGCUGAUUACCGUGUUCACGCUCUCACAGAUUUUCCUUAACAUGGGUCCCAACUGCACAACCUGGCUCAUACCUGUCGAGGUCUUCCCGACUCGCAUUCGCGGGACGGCACAUGGCAUUUCCGCCGCGGCAGGCAAAUGCGGUGCCAUCCUGACUGCAUUCGCAUUCGGUACUGUGACUGAUCGUAUUGGUUUGCCCGGCGUGCUAGGCAUCUUUUCAGGAAUCAUGGUCCUCACUGCUCUGGUCACUUUGUUGAUUCCGGAGACGAGAGGCAUGACUAUUUCUGAUAUUGAGAACGAAUUCCAUUUCGCUGAACAUCGACCCUUGAAUAUAUUCAAAUGGCCAGGACCUUGGAAGAAGGAGGAUGAGGGUCUAGAUGACGAUGUUUCACCAAAGUUGGGGAGUGUGGCCAUCAUCGACCAGGGUCAAACCGUGUAG